UUCCUCCAGAAAGGUGCUUUCAAGAAUGCGAUGAGGCAUAUGAUAGCGGUAAUGGUGAGAUCUUGAAAAAAGAAUAUUGGUCUAAAAUGGUAAAAAUCUUUAUGGAAGAGAUGGAGAAACUCCGCGACAAAGUUAAUGACUUUCUUAAAAAAGAUAAUAGAUCGUCGUAUCUUAAAAUGGUAUAUGAGGAAGUUUUAUUUCUGGUAGUAUUUACUGGAAAGAAAAAUACUACGGCAUUCUACAUGAAAGAAAACGUAUUAUGGGAGAGUCUACAAGGGUAA